AUGGAAAACGCAGCAGUUCAAGAGGUAGCUCGAAUAAGUAUAAGAGUGCCACCAUUUUGGCCGGAGGAACCUGCACUCUGGUUUUCUCAGCUGGAAAACCAGUUUGCAUUAGCAGGAAUCACACAGGAUGCAACGAAGUAUAGCUAUAUAUCAUCGUCCCUAGAACAGCAAUAUGCCAGGGAAGUUAAAGAUAUAAUUAAUAACCCGCCUGCAGAAAACAGAUAUUUAAAAUUAAAAACAGAAUUGAUUAAACGGUUGUCGGCUUCUCAAGAAAAAAAGUACUACAGUUGUUGCAUCAUGAAGAGCUCGGAGACCGAAAACUCUCAAUUUUUGAGGCAUCUGCAGACUCUGGCAGGUAUGUCUGUAACCGAUGAUUUUUUACGUACUUUAUGGUCCGACCGGUUGCCCGCUAAUGUCCGCGCCAUUUUAGCAUCCCAAAAAAUGGGCACAUUAGAGGAUUUGGCGGAGUUGGCGGAUUCAGUAUAUGAGUUAGUACCACCAUCUACACAUAUAUCAGCCAUAAGCAAUAAUUUCGGGAUAUCCGAAUUAAAAAAUCAAAUUACGGAACUCACCCGCGAAGUUGCUUCACUAAAAAUACAGUCGUGCUCGCAAAUACAACCUCAAACGCGUCAUCGUGAAAAUAAAAAUAAUUUCAGACGUCGGUCCAGAUCACGAUCACAACCUAGGCGAUUCAAUACUUCAUUCUGCUGGUACCACAAUCGUUUUGGUGAUAGGGCAACACGUUGCACUACGCCCUGCGGUUUUGUUUCAUCUUCGGUAAACGCCAACGGCAGCCGGAAGUAG